AUGGACGGCUUCGACGAUUCGCUCUUCAGCGCCUUUGAAAGCGCCCCCUCAGCAAAGGUCAGCAGCGGCCUCGCGCUCGACGAGCCGCUCUUGAAGCGGCCGGCAGGAGCAGCAGCUGAGGCCGAGGACGCCGCAGCAAAGGGAAAGCGGCUUCGGGGCGCGCCGGCCGACGCCGAGAAGGACGAUGCUGCGCCCGCGCUCGACCCUGGCACCGGUCGGAAGGCGUGCAAGCACGAGGUCGCGAUGCCUCCGGGCCUGACAGCGAGCAGCGAGAUGGUGCGGCUGCCAAAGAGCACGCAGCCGCCGGCGCGCGAGUACUCGUUCGAGCUCGACCCGUUCCAGCAGGCUGCCGUCAACUGCAUAGAUCGUGAGGAGUCGGUCCUCGUCUCUGCGCACACCUCUGCCGGAAAGACGGUCUGUGCCGAGUAUGCGAUCGCCGUGUCGCUGCGCGACAAGCAACGGGUGAUCUACACGUCGCCGAUCAAGGCGCUGUCGAACCAAAAGUACCGCGAGCUCUCCGAGACGUUUGGCGACGUCGGGCUCAUGACCGGCGACUACACGAUCAACGUCGACGCCUCGUGCCUCGUCAUGACGACCGAGAUUCUGCGCUCGAUGCUGUACCGCGGCUCCGAGGUGAUGCGCGAGGUCAAGUGGGUCAUCUUCGACGAGGUGCACUACAUGCGCGACAAGGAGCGCGGCGUGGUGUGGGAAGAGGUCAUGAUCCUGCUGCCGCACUCGGUGAGGUACGUCUUUCUCUCGGCGACCAUCCCUAACGCGCUGCAGUUUGCACAGUGGAUCGCCGCGCUCCACUCGCAGCCCUGCCACGUCGUCUACACAGACUACCGGCCGACGCCCCUCCACCACUACAUGUUCGGCGCCGGCGCGAACGGCUUCCACCUCGUCGUCGACGAAAACUCGGAGUUCAAGCCCUCCGGCUUCGAGAAGGCCACCGCGAAGCUGAGCGGCGGCGGCGGCGGGCGCGGCGGCGGCAAGGGCGGCAAGGGCGGCGGCAAGGGCGGCGGCAAGGGCGGCGGGAAGGGUGGGCGUGAGAAGGGCCCGUCGGACUGCUUCAAGCUGGUGCGGACUGUGGUGUCGAUGGGAAUGGAGCCGCUGAUCGUCUUUGCCUUCGGCAAGCGCAAGGUGGAGAAGCUGGCGGAGGAGAUGGGCACGCUCGAGCUGACUGUCCACACCGAGCGGGAGUCAAUCACGCAGAUCUACGAAAACGCCAUCCAGACGCUGUCGGACGACGACCAGGUGCUGCCGCAGGUCGAGAAGAUGCUGCCGCUGCUCCAGCGGGGCAUCGCCGUCCACCACUCGGGGCUCCUGCCGCUGCUCAAGGAGCUCGUCGAGAUCCUCUUCCAGGAGGGGCUCGUCAAGCUCCUCUUCGCGACCGAGACCUUCGCCAUGGGCCUCAACAUGCCCGCCAAGACCGUCAUCUUCGCCGAGCUGUCCAAGUUCGACGGCGCCGCCUUCCGGCGCGCCCCGCCGCCCAGUGGACACACCCCGCACGCGAGCCCGCCCGCGUACCUCUCCUCGGGCGAGUACAUCCAGAUGAGCGGCCGCGCGGGCCGGCGGGGGCUCGACGCGCGAGGGACGGUCGUGACGAUGGUCGACGGCUCGACCGACUUGGCAAAGGUGCGGGAGAUGCUUCGAGGCGAGGCGGACUCGCUCUCCUCGCGCUUCCACCUCUCGUACAACAUGCUGCUCAACUGCGUCCGCACCGAGACGGCAAACAUCGAGAACCUGAUCGCAAAGUCCUUCUACACCUUCCAGCUGCAGCAGGCGAAGCCCGACCUGGAGAGGCGGCAGCGCGAGCUCUCGGCGCAGCUCGCCUCGCCCGACCUCGCCGUGGACGCGAGGCUGCUCGAGGUUCACGCUCUGCGCGCGCAGGAGCGCUCGCUGCGCAAGCAGCUGCGGCCGCUUCUCACGGAUCCAAAGGACACCAAGGCGGUGCACUUUCUGCAGCCCGGCCGCCUGGUCCGGUUUGCUCGCGAGGGAGGGGCCGGCGAGGAGGGCGAGGCGCGCGAGUGGGGAUGGGGGGCCAUCGUGAGCUACAAGCGGCUCAGGCCCGACAAGAAGGAGGGCAAGAGGGGAGGCGACGAUCUCGGCACGGCGGACCAAUACCACAUCGACGUGCUGCUGCGGUGCGACGCGGGCGCCGAGGCCGCCGUCGAGGCGGGCGGCGAGCCGGCGCCCGCGCGCGACGAGGAGAGCGCGGAGCUGCACGUGCUGACGCUGACGCUCGACCGCGUCGACGCCUUCUCGAAGGUGAAGGUCUCUCUCCCGAAGGACCUCCGCUCCAGCGACGGGCGGCACGCGGUGCUCAAGGUGCUUCGCGAGGUGGAGAGGCGCUUCGCCGACGGCGUGCCCGAGCUGCAGCACGACGAGGACCUCAAGGUGACCACGGCGGCACAGGAGGCGGCCAAGCUCGCACGCAGGCGCGCGGGUGACGAGCGGCGGCGCUUGGGCGAGGAGGAGAUCGCGGCGGGGCUUGCGGUCUUGCGGCUGCGCCGCGCCGCGGAGGAGGAGGAGAAGCGUGUCAAGCGGCAGAUCCGCGAGGGGCAGGUGGCGCUGAUGAAGGAGGAGCUGCGGGGCAUGCGCCGCGUGCUGCGCCGGCUCGGCCACCUCUCUGAGGACGGCGUCAUCGGCAACAAGGGGCGGGUGGCGUGCGAGGUGAGCACCUCGGACGAGCUGCUUGUGACCGAGCUCGUGUUCGCGGGCCUCUUCCAGGACCUCGAUCCCGCGCAGCUGGCCGCGCUCCUGUCGUGCCUCGACGGCAAGAAGGAGGACCCGGUGGCGAUGAUCCGCACGCGCGAGAUGCGCGAGCCGGUCGAGCGGAUGCGCGAGCUGGCCAAGCGCGUGGCGACCGUCGUGCUCGAGGCGAAGCUGCCGGUGGAUGUGGACGAGUACAUUGCGCGCUUCGCCACCGGCCUGGUCGACCUCGUCUUUGACUGGUGUGGCGGCGCAAAGUUCGCCGACCUCUGCAAAAUGACCGACGCGUACGAGGGCUCGAUCAUCCGGGCGAUGCAUCGGCUCGAGGAGCUGCUGCGCCAGAUCAUCGACGCCGCAAAGGUGGUCGGCAACGAGGAGCUGCAGGCCAAGUGCGAGGCGGCGCAAAAGCUCCUCGUGCGCGACGUGGUCUUCUGCCCCAGCCUGUACACGUGA